UCUUACACCUAUCCUUUGUGGUCAGUACACGGGAUACAGAGGGACAGAUGGACGCUCGAUCAACAGGGGGACAGAUGGACGCUCUUUCAAGGACGUACUCUUUGGUAUCCCACUCGGCAUGAAACACAAUCCGUCCAUCGUAGUACAUGACUUAAAUGAUUCGGAUGGUUCAGAUGGUUCCGACGGUUCCGAUCAAUCAGAUCGUUCGGAAUCAUCGUCGUCUUCGUCUUCGUCAUCUAGUGAAUCUGAUGAAGAUGAAAGAGACGAUGUAGGAAAUAAUAGACGUGGGAAUGAGCGCGACAGAAGUGAUGAGGACAGAGGAGACGAUGAUAGCCGAGAUAGAAACGACAACAAUGAAAAUAUCAAAGACGCUGAGAUAGUGGGGAAUAAAAACAACGAUAGAAAGGUUAUUACAGAGUACCAACUUCAGCAAAUUUACAAUAACAAGAACGAACAAGACAGCGAAGAGACAUCUGACGAAAAUGGCGAAACCAAGGAAACGAAAAUAGAAGAAGUGACAGAUGGUCUUGGUUCUUCUAAAUCUGAAGGCAUUGAUCAAGGCGAUGUCACUGGACCGAAGAGUGAUUUUUCUCUUCCUCUUGAAGACCACGGAUCUAAAAAUAUCCUAGAGGGAGAAGCAGAUGACAAAGCGGACAGCGAUGAGAGUAGACCUAGAGGAGAAGAUAAUAGCAAUGAAAGUAGGCCAAGAGGAGAGGACGACGGUCGCCCAAGAGGUGAAAAUACAGCUGGAGGCAAGAAACAUUGGCCUAAAUUGGUACCGGAUAUGUUUAAAAGUCUGGUACCGGAGGCGAAGAAAAACAACACUAAACAUACUGUCACUGCUGAGAGCAAGAAAAACAAUACAAAGGGACAGCAAACCGUUAGCAAAAGUAACCACGGUUGGCCGUACUUUGUACCGGAAGUGUUCAAACCACUCAUACCUGACACGGAGAGAAAUGGGACACAGGCGGAGGACAAUUCAGACACUUACAAACAGAACAACAACCUUUCAUAUACAGACACCUACGUCAUGGAUCAGUACAUGGAAAACUUGCCUUACGCAAAGUCGAUGUUGACGUUUGGAGAGGCUGGCGAACAUGAAACGGAACAUACAGACGCGUCAGGGGGAGGCAAGACUCAGAGCGCAGACUUCAACAUCCCUCCUGACGAAAUCAAAAUGCAAAACGGCGGAGCUGGUUAUUCAAGCGCAAACGAAUCAAGUGGUGUUGGAAACAACAAUAAAAGUCCCUUCAAAGUGAAUUACAGUGGAAUGUCAGCGACAGGAAGUCACGGCGUUGAUGAUAAAAAUAAGUCCCCUGGUAAAAUGAAACCUCCGGGAAAGGAGGGUGGAGAGGCUGCGGGGAACUCGCAUCAACAGGUCCCAGACAAUAAACCGGGAAAGGUAAAAGGUAAAAAUGACAACAACAGCAACAACAAUAACAACAAAAGCAAGGCCACGGAGACACAGUCUAGCGGAGGAGGAACAGUUCCUAAAGGACAAGGAAGUCCAAAGGGUGACCAGUAUAAUAGGCCUCCUGGUAACGUACCCAGUGUCUCGGAUAGAUAACUGAUUAGUGGAACAUGUGAACAGGUCUCCUAGCAACGUACCUAAAGUCCCGGAUAAAUAACUGUCUGAUUAGUGGAACAUAUGAACAGGUCUCUUAGCAGCGUACCGAGUGUCCCGGAUAAUAGCUAUCUAAUUAGUGGAACAUGUGAACAUAUCUCCUAGCACCGUACCUAGUGUCCCAGUUGAAUAACGGCCUGAUUAGUUGACAGUAUAUCAAGGAACCAAUCAAGAAAUAACGUUCCAGGCCGGAACAAUAGAUUGGUUGCGUGGUCGUUUCAUUGGAGUAUUAUAGAACAUUUCACUUUGUUAUCUGAUUUCCACCACAAUGUUUUUAUUUAAAUGUUGUUAUUUAUUUCCGUAUUCUUAUUUUCUACGUACUAGUUAUUUUUAUUACAAUUUCAUGAAACAAAAUCAGUUGAUGCAGUUUGAUGAUAUGUAUUUUUCACAGA